AGAAACAGCCUGAAGUGACCUUGCAGGGCCAAAGCCCGAAGUGGGAGCAUUACACACGUGUAUACACAUGUGCCUGCACACACGUGGCUCGCCCACCGCAGCAGCCCUCGGGGAGUCCACACACAUCAGGAGAAGUAGGUCAGCAGAGCAGCCCAGCGUCUCUCCCUGGCAGGCAGGAGAAGAGUUCAAGGCAAAGAGAGUGUGUGCCCAUCAUAUCCCUUGGGGAUGGCCCCAGCCUCCACAGAAGGGCCCGAGGCCGCCUCACCUCCCCUGCUGCAUCAAAGUGGAUCGCCGGCCUGGCUCUCUCCCUUGGGACCCUCUGACAGAGGCUGGGGGAGGUGACCCCUCCCAGCCCUGAAACCAGGGAAAGAUUGCUGUGGGGAGAUGUCACCCACUGUAGCCCAGUUGGUGGCUGCAGCAAGAGGGGCCCAGUGCUGUCCGGCCCGGAGCUCGGACUACAUAGAGACUUGACGACAGGUGCCACGGCAGGGCUGGGUUCAACACUGAGGGUGGCAAAGGGAGGGGAAGCAGCACGGUUGUCUGUGGGCCUGGCCCCAUGCCUCCCUCGGGGUCUGUGAAAUGGGCUGGUCCAAGCUACAGACUAGAUUCUCUGAGGGCAUGCAUGAGGCAUUCCAGAUGAGUCCUGGCACACAUUCAGACUGAACACACUAGGGGAAGAGAGGCAGUAGCUUGUGGGGCAAGGUCCUCUCAGAAUCAGGCUUGUUCAUGAAUGGAGGGAAAGGGAGCUGAAUGGGGAGCCGGAUCUUGAGGAAGCAGAAGGGGCGGAGCCAAAGCUGAGGAGGGGAGGAGGCGCUGAGCUCCCCCAGCCAGCUGGGCGGACGUGCAGAUGGAGCUCCGUGUGGGGCUGGGUGGGAGGCCAGGAAGUUCCCUCCUGAUGUUCCUCCUCUCCCUGUGAAGUGGGAGGCUGGGUCGUGCCGAGAGGGAAGGGGAAGGCAGAGGAGGAGAAGAGAGUUUGGGCCUGGAAGGGGAGCGGCUGCCCCGGGGAGAGGGGCGGGGCUCAUGGGAGCUCACCCCUGCCCCCAGCCUCCAGCCAUGCUCACAAGAGAGAAUGCAGAUGGUGCCAGGGAGAACACAUCCCACCUGACCCUUAGAGAGCGCUAGUUACUGCGUGCCAGGCACCGAGCACUUCACAUCUAUGAACUCACUUCAUCCUCACAACAGCCGUAGGGAGAAGCCCAUAUCACCUUUAUCACAGUAUAUAAUUCACGCGUCCACUGUGCUCAUGGUCUGUCUCCUCUCUAGAACGGAGAAGAUGAGCGUGGGCUGCCCAGAGCCCGACCCGCCCCACUCCGUGCCCUGCUGUGGGCCAGGGGCCACCCCUGGACUGGGUGCAGGCGUGCCCCUCCUCACCGAAGACAUGCAGGCGCUGACCCUCCGCACACUGGCUGCCAGCGACGUCACCAAGCACUACGAACUUGUCCGGGAGCUGGGCAAGGGCACCUACGGGAAGGUCGACCUGGUGGCCUACAAGGGCACAGGCACGAAAAUGGCGCUGAAGUUUGUGAACAAGAGCAAAACCAAGCUGAAGAACUUCCUGCGGGAGGUGAGCAUCACCAACAGCCUCUCCUCCAGCCCCUUCAUCAUCAAGGUCUUCGACGUGGUGUUUGAGACGGAGGACUGCUACGUUUUUGCGCAGGAGUACGCGCCCGCUGGGGACCUAUUUGACAUCAUUCCUCCUCAGGUGGGGCUCCCCGAGGACACGGUGAAGCGCUGCGUGCAGCAGCUGGGCCUGGCGCUGGACUUCAUGCACGGGCGGCAGCUGGUGCACCGCGACAUCAAGCCCGAGAACGUGCUGCUGUUCGACCGCGAGUGCCGCCGCGUGAAGCUGGCCGACUUCGGCAUGACGCGCCGCGUGGGCUGCCGCGUGAAGCGCGUGAGCGGCACCAUCCCCUACACGGCGCCCGAGGUGUGCCAGGCGGGCCGCGCCGACGGCUUCGCCGUGGACACGGGCGUGGACGUGUGGGCCUUCGGCGUGCUCAUCUUCUGCGUGCUCACCGGCAACUUCCCGUGGGAGGCGGCCUCGGGCGCCGACGCCUUCUUCGAGGAGUUCGUGCGCUGGCAGCGGGGCCGCCUGCCGGGGCUGCCGUCGCAGUGGCGCCGCUUCACCGAGCCCGCGCUGCGCAUGUUCCAGCGGCUCCUGGCGCUCGAGCCCGAGCGCCGCGGGCCGGCCAAGGAGGUCUUCCGCUUCCUCAAGCACGAGCUCACGUCCGAGCUGCGGCGCCGGCCCUCGCACCGCGCGCGCAAGCCCGCCGCGGGGGACCGCCUGCCGGCCGCCGGGCCGCUGCGCCUCGAGGCGCCCGCGCCGCUCAAGCGGACGGUGCUGACCGAGAGCGGCAGCGGCUCCCGGCCCGCGCCCCCCGCCGUCGGGCCCGUGCCCGUGCCGGUGCCCGUGCCGGUGCCCGAGGCCGGCCUGGCGCCCCCGGCGCCCCCGGGCAGGACCGACGGCCGCCCGGACAAGAGCAAAGGGCAGGUGGUGCUGGCCACGGCCAUCGAGAUCUGCGUCUGAGCCGCCCCCGCCGCCCUCGGGCCGGGGCGCCGUGCACGCAGCCAGGCCGGCGCGGGAGCCGCGCUGGGCCCGCUCCAAGCCGGGGUGGCGGCCGCGGCGAAACCGAGCAGCCCCCGCAGCGGCGGAGGGAGUAGUGGUAGACUAGGCGGGACGCCGGCCCAGGCGCCCGGGCGGCGGGGGGCUGGUGAGAUAGCCACCAAAAGACCUCUUGCCCCGCCUGUGGGGCAGGGGCUUGGCCCAGAGGAGCCAAGCCCUACAGACGAGAGGAUUCAGAGGCCCCCCUGACACCUAGGAGCUUGCAGGCGGACUCCCCAACACCUCCCUGAACCCUGGAACCCUAACUAGUUGCUCCUGGCCCUUUGCACCCCCUGGCAGGUCACCCCGCAGUCCCACCCCAGGUCCUGCCCUCCUGGCACCCCCCUCAGCCCACCCCCAACCCUGGGCACAGAAAGGGACUGAAGUCUUGGGGCAGAGGAGGGGCUUAGGGCCCGGGGCACUGGCUGGGAGGAGGGUGGUGAGCUGAGGGCAGGGAUGUUGCUCUGCUGCAUCCUGCCCCUUUCCUGGGAGGCUGGAGGGGAGAGGCCAAGUCCCCUGCAAAAUGUAGCAAAUGUCUGGAUGUUGCAAAAGUGUGUGUGUGCAGAGACAGGCCCCUGAGAAUCUAGUGACCCCCACAACCCAUUCCCCCGAGGAGGACACUGAGCCCACCAGGAGGGCAACUUGUCUGGGGCCACACAGCCACGAGAGGUGGGGCUCUAGUAGCGUCCCCCCUCCUCCCCAGGGAUUGUUGUGACAACUCCUGGACAGAAGGGGUCCCGGGGCAGGGGCCUCAGCUGCCACUGCAUCCCUAGGGCAGGGGAGGGAGUGCAGAGCCCAGGGCCGGCCCAGCUUCGCCUGCCGGCUGCACCUUCUCCAGACCCAGGGCACCUCUCCGAUCCUCGCCACCCCGGCCCAGACACAGAGGCCUGGGCUUCUGGCAGACAGCGAGGUGAUAUGUGCCAGGAAUUCCUCCUGGGUUUCUGCUGGGGUAGAACACAUCCGCCUCGGGCUGACCCCAUCUCCAUGCCUAAGUUUCUGGCACUGGAGUGUGCUGCUGUAGGUAUGAGAACGGGGGGUGUAGAAAUGUGAGGGGGGUGAGUAUGUGACAGGUGUGUGUGGUGUGAGCGUGAGUAGAGUGCACGUGUGUGCGUGGAGGCUUGUGUGUUGUGACUGCAUCCAGACGCCUCAGUGACUCCGCCCCACCCCCAGGAUUCUCUCCAGGCAGCUGCCAGAGGCCGUCCAGGCCUGCGUUUCACCACACCCCUCAGGGAAUCCCCAAGGAGGCACCUGCAGGUCGGUUCAGGCCCUUAGGCAGCAAAAUGGAUUCACCCAGCGCCCCCUCAUGACCCCUGCCCUCUGUGGAGGCCCGGGACCCCGCAAUAACCUCAACGUGGGUGAGGCUGCUCCCUCUGCCUGGCAGUGCCCCAUCCACCGUCCCGGGCCACUCCUGUCAGGUCCCUCCUGGGGUUCUAGGCCAUUUGAGGGGGCUCCCUGAUGGCCAGGCUGACCAGAGGGGGCCCUGACCACCCUCUGGCCUGGAGCCCCCACCUCUCUACUCACCUCUCAUUCCCAGUGCGCAAAAGGGCUAUAGGUCCCCCUGCCCUGCCCGGGUCCAGUUUACAAACAGCGUGCGGCUGCCCCAGGGCCUGGACCCCUUUCCUCGGUGUGCCCGCCCCUCUCGAGACCCACCUCCCAGCAGGCAUUGGGGCCCUCCACAUGCCAGGUAAGUAGCAAACCCCUCCUCCCACCAAGGGCCAAGUCUCCGAGAAGGCCCCCCAUCACUGCCCCCGGCUCACCUGGAGCUCCUGAGCCGUCUGGGCGCCUCUCCCAGCCGUGACUUCUCCUUUUGCCUUAGGCCUCUCGACAUCCUGUCUCUCCUGCAAUAAUAAGGAAGCGAGAUUCCACAUAGACAUCCCUGCCGUGCACCCUCUCUCUCUCUCUGUUAAGAUCCUGUGUGGGAGUUUCUCCCUUGUCGUAGUAUCUAGGAUAUUAGAGCUGGGAAGUGACCGUAGUUCUGUAGCCCAGCCCCUGUUUCAGAGGCAAAGGGGCAGCAACGGCCCGACGCAGAAGCGGAACCAGAACCAGGUCUGCUCCUUCCCUGUCCGGGCCCACUGCUGCUGCCUCCGCCUCUGCUGGUCGGGUUGGGACCCUUUGCCACUUAAGAGAGGUGUUGGUCACAGAUGUUUACCUCAGUUUAUGUCACUGUCGAAGAAACAGAAAAUAAAUAGCAAAAAAUUAAUAACAACGUAGACGUGAAGACUUAGAAGAUAAAAAUCUUACACAAAAAACUCCCCCCUUGCGGUUCUUCUGUGAAGGUGUAUGUGUGUGUGUGUGUGUGUGUGUGUGUGUGUCUGUCUCUGUCCCACCCCGGGCAGGCUGGGUCAUCCCCGACCUCUGUUCCAGCCCCUGUGCCCCCCACAUGGUCCCCUGUCCUUCGGUGCUUCCCAGAGGCCCCUCUGAGCUGGCCUGUGGGGUGUGGGGAGCCCCGUGGGCGGGAGGCAGGGCCACAGGUCAGCUAGAGGGUCUCCCACCAGGCCCGCCGAUGCUACCGGAGCCCAUGCUGUGGCCGGUGGGACAGUCCUGGUGGUUGGCAUCAGAGUCCAGGCCUGGCUCAGGGCUGGGGUGGAAUCCCAGCCCUGGAGCCCCAGACCCUCCUGUCUUGCCAUCCUCCUCCACCAUGUGUUUGUAAAUACUCUGGCAUCCUUUGGCCCUGAGAAGGUUUUUAAAUGUGUUAUUUACUUCUCUAAUCAUGACAAUUGCUAUAAAAUAAACGAGUUUAGAAAAAUUACCACUGGGUGGCUGU